AGCUGUCAGAUGCAGAGCUUCUCCUCUAAAACGGCCGAAAACACGGCAGGACAGAUGAAUAUCGGACAUUUGUGAACAAAAGCAGUCUUUUAGAAACAAAGAGUGCUGAUCCUCCCCAACCAUCUAGCGGACCAUCGGACCCCCAUCAUAUCAUCAUCAUGGAGGCCGCCAACAGCUACGUGCUCAUCCACGGGAAGAACAUAUCCCAAAAUACCCUGGCAGGCUCUGCAGCCGGGCCCCACAUGUCCAUCGAUAAGCUGUUCCCGGCUCUCCUCGAGUGCUUUGGCAUCAUAUUGUGUGGCUACAUAGCUGGCAGGGCAGAUAUCAUCACACAGAGCCAGGCGAAGGGUUUGGGGGCCUUUGUGUCUAAAUUCGCUCUUCCAGCUCUGCUCUUUAAAAACAUGGUGCUUCUGGACUUUGGAGACGUCAUCUGGGCGUUUCUCUGGAGCGUCCUGGUCGCUAAGGUGACGGUGUUUGCGCUGGUGUGUGUUCUGACUCUGAUGGUGGCCAGUCCAGAGUGCAGAUACAGCAAGGCGGGUCUAUACGCCAUCUUUGCUACGCAGAGCAAUGACUUCGCCUUAGGAUACCCCAUAGUUGAUGCUUUGUAUCGGAGCACAUAUCCAGAGUACCUGCAGUACAUCUAUCUCGUUGCCCCGGUUUCUCUCAUGCUGCUCAAUCCCAUCGGCUUCGCUCUGUGUGAGGUGCAGAAGUGGAAGCAGACCAACCAUUCACACAGCACUAAGCGCAUCGUGGGAGUCGUAGUCCUACAGGUGAUGAAGAACCCCAUAGUGUUCAUGGUGAUAAUAGGGAUCCUCUCCCACUUUGCACUGGGCCAGCAGAUCCCCGCCGUGCUCUCUCAGUUCAUCGACGGCCUGGCCAACUCUUUUGGAGGAGCGGCUCUGUUUUACCUCGGCCUCACUAUGGUCGGCCAGCUUAGGAAACUCACCAGAGACACCGGAGUCGCCUUGAUUCUCCUCAUCACAGCCAAACUCCUGGUGAUGCCUCUGGUGUGUAAAGACAUGGUGGAUAUUCUGGAUGUUGGAGUGAACAGCACCAGCUCCAAUCACACCAGUCUGUCUAACUUUGCUUUCCUGUAUGGAGUCUUCCCAACGGCCCCCAGUGUGGCCAUCUAUGCUGCACACUACAACCUCGAGCUAGAGGUGGUGACAUCCGGGAUGGUGAUCAGUACAUUUCUGUCGGCUCCCAUCAUCUACGUGUCGGCAUGGUUACUAACGAUCCCUCUGAUGGACCCCGCCCCCCUGGUGACUGAACUGCAAAACGUUAGCUUCAACAUUAGCAUCGUUAGCCUGCUAGCACUGGUGUGGACCAUAGUGGUGAUGUUGCUAAGCAGGAAGUUCAACAGACUCCCUCACCUCUUUGCCUUAAAUCUCUUCCUCGCUCAGUUUUUGGUGUGUGUCAGUAUGAUCCUGUGGAACUUCUUGGCGACACAAGAGGACAAUCUGCUGGGAAAGAUCCUCACCUUCAGUCUGCUCUACGGCUCUCUGUACAGCACCUACAUCUGGACAGGUUUAAUCCCUCUGUGUCUCGCUCUGACAAACAGAAAUGAUCUGCUGAGACUCAGACCAGGAAUAUUCAUGGCUUUGGGUUGGGGGGUUCCCUUCCUGAUGGUGGGAGGUCUUCUGUUAUUAGGAGAAAGGACUGAUUCUAUAGACUCUGCCUUUUUCUACGGUAGAGCUCAGAUAAUCAGCUCCACGGUGGUUCUGGCGGUCAGCCUGCUGCUCGGAGCGAUCUCUCUGAUGGGGCUCAGCCAGGGGGAGAGGGAGCAGAGCGGCUACGAGGCCCUGAACAGAGCCGCUGUGACGGGCCUCAGCGAAGAGCCCAGGACCAACGCUGCUCUGGAAGAUCCACAACAACAACAACAACAGCAACAAGAGACGAUUACCUCACCGGCCUACAGUUCCAACUCAGAGCUCCACGGUUUCUCUCCUCUCCAGCCAAUCCCUGACAUGAUAGCCAGCACGCAGACAGAGCUGUCCAACGGCACAGGCCACAGUGGGGCGCUGUUUGACGGGCUGCCGAACUCCUCCUCUGAGCAGCCGCUGAACCUGCCCCCCCCCGGGCUGCAGCCCACUGAUGACAAACAGACGGUCAGACACGCUCUGCUCUGCCUGCUGCUGUUCGUCAGCCUGCUAGCGAAUCUGUCCAGCUGUCUGUGGUGGCUGUUCAACAAAGAUCCAGGGAGACUCUACCUGGAACUGCAGUUCUUCUGUGCCGUGGCAAACUAUGGACAGGGCUUCCUGUCCUUUGGGAUCUUCGGUCUGGACAGACAUCUCAUCAUCCUGCCCUUCAAGAAGAAGUUUCUGUGGCUGUGGCAGGGCAGGGAGGCGGAGGAUUUGAGUCCCUCAGGUGUACCGGAGGAAGUCAGACUCACCUGUACGCAGUUUGUCCGAUACCACAAAGACCAGUGUGUUCAGGACAUAGUUCACACACGCAGGUUUGAAGAACCACAGGAGGAAGGUGGGGCUUUGAGACAUUCCCCCUCCCAUCAUCCUCUUCAUCAGGAGAUUCCAGAUGAAACCAGCGCCGGAUUAUCGCUUCCAUCCCAACUCCAGAGUAAAAACCAAGCACAUGUUUCCAUCUCUGAGGAGCAGAUUCCCCCGUCUACUGACACAGAUAAUCCUCCCCUCCUACACCAGCAUGGUCUCCAUCAACACGCCACCAUUGAGAGUGUGUUUCGAGGCAGUGAUUUAGUGGACUGGCUGGUUUCGAGGGGCUUGUGUUCGGAGAGGACGGACGCCAUAUUGUACGGAGUUCGCCUUCAGCAGGGAGGAGUGUUGGAUCGACUGCACAGAUUCAGAGACGAGCCCUCGCUGAUGUACUGCUUCACAGAAGAGUAGGGGCUACAUCAUGUGAGAGGGAGCGAGAGGGCUGCACAAUUUAUUAAAAAGUGAUCGUGAUAUGGACUAGUCGUGCGAUAUCAAAUCAACAUUUAUUAUAGCCCCAAAUCACUAGAAAUGUUCAAAGCAAACAAAAGCAAAGACAAAAAUUAAAUACAAACGUCAUAGCAUAAAAAUGAUAAAAACAUUAUACAACAACUUAAGUAUUGCCAUGUGAUAAAAGCAUGUGACUGAAGUGAUGGUAAUGAUGAUGGAAACUAGGUGAUGGAUAUUAGUUUGCAAGGAAGACACAUGCGAACAGAUGGGUUUUGAGUUUGCUUUCAAAGGAGUCAACGGAAAUAGCUUCGCGGACGAUUCCAAAGGAGAGGUGCUCUGAAUGAAAAGGCUCGGAUAUCAAAAUAGCAGGAAGAAAAACAUCUGCUUAUAGUGGCUGGGAGUUGUUUUCGUUUGACUUCAGAACGUUCAAACCUUCUGUGAAUCAGAGGUAAAUCAAAGCGUCUAAAUCCAAAUUGCAUCUUGUACGGUCCACUACCGACUUGACGAUACCAAAACCACGACACUACAAGUAAAUCAAAUAUAUAACUAGGCUGACACGUGUUAUCACAAUCUGAAACGUAUAUGAAUACACGCUUGCAAACAUCCCUGCUUCAAGGCAUAUAUCCGCCUAAACAAUAACAAACAUAGCCUCAGAAUAAUCCAAAAACAUCAAUAUAUAUAAAUCAAUAUUUACUAAAUUACAAAAAUAGUGGUAUCCAUUAAACUGAAAUUCAGUCUUGCCAACAAAGAUUUUUCCCAGAAAUAAAUAUAUGCUAAAUAUUUGUUAAAUAACACUUUGAAUGAAAACAGAUAUGUGUGGUACACAUCCUCUCAAUGAUGAUUGGAAUCAUCCAAUAUCCUGAAACAUAUCGCCAAUAGUUAUUUUUUCCAAAUUGUGGAGCCCUAUUGGUGGAGGUGUUAUAUUUAAAGGUGUGUUUUCCAUUAUUUAUUCAUGGUGUCGGCCUCUUGCUUGUCCACUCCCUGUCGCCAAAAUGUAAAACCACCUGGUUCUGUGAGGCUUUAUUUGCACUCCCUUGAAUAAUGGUAAUAUACACGAUAACUGACAUGCAACGAAACAAGCGCUCCCUUUCUCUCGGCUCCGGAACAACUCCAUUUGAACUAAUAACACUUCUCUAAAUUGAAGUGGCGUUGAUCAUAGUCUUAUCACUGAUCCUAUACAAGAUGUGACAAGUGUUUUUUCUGGAUUCCUGCGAGCCAGCUUACUUCACGUCUUCAUUACGUGAAGGACAACCAAGCUUUGUUUUGUUUUACAAGUUCACGUUCAUCAGCCUCAAAUGUUGUGCCAUUUUGUUUCCUUUGAGCCGAGGAGCUUCUCACUGAAAGGCUUUCCUGCUCGCUCCGUUUGAUCUUGUUUUCGUUCAGAUGACAUUCAAUCAUCUUGCCUGUUUUCCAGUAUUAGAUAUUUUGCACGUUGUGUCUUUGAACCACUCCGGUCUACAGUAUGUUCCCGCAUGAACAGACGGACUUCUGCUCGGCACUGAACAUCUUUGCACUGACUGAUAAUAACCUUCUUCAAGUUUUUUUAAAUUAUGCAACUCACUGGAUGCGUGUCCUGUGAUGAUGCUGCGAGAUGAGAUUUUGUGUUAUACUUGCAUCAUGCUGUCAAUUUGAAACGUUUAUUUAGGACUAUCUGUGGUUAUGCCAUUUAAUAAAUUCAUGGUGGAACAUU